UUGUGCACAUGUGAUAAAUAAAGUAAGCAAUGAUACUGCUUUAAUCGUCCAUUCUGUAUAGUUUGAUAAAACAGAACAGAAUGAAACAUGGUGGCAGCGGUCGUGAAUUCAGCCGAAGCGAAUAUCGAGCCGUGAAGAGUGAAAAGUGCCGCUAGCUUGUUGUAGUUAGCCUAGCACGCGAGCUCGAGCUAGUGAUAACACAGUUACAGACCUCGUUACGGAGUCGACGUCACGAUGGAUGAUCUCAAGCCGCCUCCAAUACUUUGUUUGGAUUCAACCAACUUAGCGAAAAGUUGGAAGGAGGAGUUUACGUUGUAUACGGACCUCACUAUGCCCGAUGCAGAAGAGACAACUAAAGUUAAGUUGUUUAAUUACCUCCUCGGAGAGAGGCAACGCUGACAAUCGGUGAUACAUCUGCGCGGAGGACAGUGAGUACAACGAUGACACAGUUUGAUAAACAUUGCAAUCCGCAACUGAAUGAGACCGUUGAGCGAUAUAAGUUUUUUGUUAGAGACCAAGGACAAGACGAAAAUAUUGACAGAUGUCACAGAUUUGAGAGUAUUGGCCAGCACAUGCAAUUUUGGUGACAUUAAGGACUCACUAAUAAGAGACCGUAUUGUGUGUGGUACACAGAGCCCUGUGAUGAGGGAAAGACUGUUAAGGGAAGAAAACUUAACGCUGGAUAAGUGCAUGCAAAUAUGCAGAGCUACUGAACUGUCUAAAGAGAACAGCAAAACCAUACAAGGUAAAAUGGUGGAAGAAAUACAUGCAAUGAAGAAGAAUCCAAGGAGAGACAAAAAGGAGGAGAUUAACUGUAACUUUUGUGGCAACAUACAUGAGAAAAAUAAACACAGAUGUCCAGCCUAUGGAAAGAAGUGUAAGAAAUGUGGAAAGGAGAACCACUUUGCUGCAAAAUGCAAGUCCAGGUUUGAGAAAAACAAGAAAGGCAGACCGGUACACACAAUUUCAGAAUCAAGUGAGUCGUGUGAGGACAUCAUGACAAUAACAGAUGUCAGUGAAAGCCAAGAGACAAUAAAUCAAGUGAAAGAAGCACACAGCAAAAGUCAACCUCUCUUUGCAGAAAAUCUGCCAACACUCCACAAGAGUCUUCCAGACAUCAUGUCCCUCCUUUAUAUUUCCAUCUUAUGGGUCUGUGCCUGUGUGGACAGUGCAGAAUCUCUGGUUACUGUAUCAGCUCCAGUGGGUUCCACAGUCAUCCUGCCGUGUAAACUGCCUGAAGACUUCAAACUAACAUCAUUUAUUAGGUGGCAGCUCAAUAAAGAAGUUGUGUUUGAGAGAAACAGUGAUGUUACAGAUUCAGGUUCAGGAUAUGAAGGACGUGUGGAUGUUCCUGUGGACGAGCUGCUUAAAGGAAACUGUUCCCUGGUGUUGAAGAACGUCAGAUUUACUGAUGACAAAAUCUACAAAAUCUUUACAAUGGUACAUGUGGACACUAACACUAAGGAAGCAAAAGAAAUUAACAGCGUUAGACUCUCAGUCGAUGGUUUCCUGCCGUUCGAGGUGGUUGAGUGCAGUGUGAAGGGCUAUGGAGAUGACAUCAUCUGUGGACCCAUUUGCUCUGUAAGCAAACUGGUGUGGUUCAAGUGUGGGAGGAAGGCUUGUUUUGGUGUACUGGGAGACCAAUCUCUCAAAGCACUUCAUGAUUACUGGUGUUAG